UGAUAGAGGUCGCACCACGUCGAUAAAAGUCAUCCAUCCUAUCAACGUCGGCCACGUCAGCGUUUUUAUGACAUGUCAUUUUGCCCAGAUCAAAACAAGUUAAAAAGCACACAGAAAAACCAGAAACCCAGUUUGAGCAAUUCUGUGUUAAUAGAGCAAGUCAUCGUGGAAACAACGUGUAAAGGAUCGCAAUUGAAUGUGAUGUCAAAUAUGAACUUAUUUAUGUGUAUUCAGUCAAAGGAAACACGAUUUCUGAUUUAGAUGGGGAUAUUUGUGUGGCAUUCUGAGAGACAGAUCCAUUGAAUCCAUGUUUUCGGGUUGCAAUUCAUAUAAUUUAGGUAUUGGAAAAUUCAAUCUCAAUAGCAAUGGCCGCUCCUUCGCUCUCUACGCCGUUUCAACCCUAUGUUUACCAGAGUCCACAAGCAGCAGUAACACCAUUUCAGAUAUUGGGUGGAGAAGCUCAAAUAGUGCAGAUAAUGUUAAAACCACAGGAGAAGGUUCUAGCCAAGGCUGGUACAAUGUGCUAUAUGUCUGGAUCCAUUCAGAUGGAAAAUGUCUUGCCUCCUGAGAAUAAUGGUGGUGGCAUGUGGCAAUGGGUUUUUGGAAAGAGUGUUGCAAAUACAGAAUUCAUUAAUGGGGGAUCCCAGGAUGGUUUUGUUGGAGUGGCAGCACCAUCUCUUUCUAGAAUUCUUCCGAUUGACUUAGCCACUUUCAACGGAGAAAUUAUUUGUCAGCCAGAUUCAUUCAUUUGCUCAGUCAAUGAUGUGACAGUAACAACUAUGGUCAAUAGGAGAGCUCGUCCUGGGAUAUUUGGUGGUGAGGGCAUUUUGAGGCAGAAGUUAGUUGGACGUGGCCUUGCAUUUAUAGCUGCUGGAGGAUCUGUUGUACAGAAGAAUUUGGCACCUGGAGAAGCACUAGUUGUUGAUGCGGCAUGUAUUGUUGCCAUGACAAGUACCAUCGAUUUCCAUGUCAAAAAUGCCACUUCUGCAAGGCGUCCAGUUUUUGGGGGAGAUGGGCUCUUCACAGCCCAUCUUACAGGACCUGGAAUUGUUUUCAUCCAGAGUUUGCCAUUUUAUCGCUUGUCCCAAAGAAUAGCACGGGCAGUUACAUCACCAAAUGUCCGAGACAACCCACGGUUUUUUGUUCAAAUAGGAAUUUUUUUCUUUUUGGCCUACAUCAUGAUCGUGUCAUCACUACUUCUAACUGAUGUGUAAGUGACAAUUUUAACAUACUGAAAAUCGACUUUCCUAUUUGGAUUGUGCUUCUGCCCAACAAAUGCAGUGAUUCUUAUGGAGGCAAGGCUACAUUGUACAUCGAUCUGAUGGCCUAACUAAGUUCUUGAGGAGGUUGAUUCAUUGUUCUCAGGACAUUAUGUUGGGGGAUUGCCCAUUCCUGGUUAAACAAGUGCUCCAAUUGUCAAGAUAGAGGGCUAGCUGGCACUUGAGUUAUAACUACAGGGAUGAAUUUCUAGUUGGAGGCUUUGAUGGCAAGCUGAUUCAUUUUGAUUUAGUUAUAUCUUUGGAGGAAAGUGUGUUAGCUUCUGCAAACAGUAAGCAGCCUGUCAUUUUUAAUUAUUCUUGGAGAAACGUAUGCUUGUAUUUAGAAUUACCAUCUAACUUAGCAUUUUUUAAAUUCUUUAAUAGAUGUUAUGAAGCAUGUUUUUCCCUA